CUCAUCCCCUAUUUGAUGAUGUUGGCUCUAGCCGGGAUCCCCAUUUUCUUCCUGGAAGUCUCCCUGGGGCAGUUUGCUAGUCAGGGGCCCGUGUCGGUCUGGAAAGCCAUCCCCGCCUUGCAAGGCUGUGGCAUCGCAAUGCUGAUCAUCUCGGUUCUGAUAGCCAUAUAUUACAAUAUUAUCCUGUGCUACACACUUUUCUACCUUUUUGCGUCCUUUGUACCUGUGCUCCCUUGGGCCUCCUGUAACAACCCAUGGAACACGCCGGACUGUAAAGAUAAAAACAAACUCUUGUUAGAUUCCUGCAUUAUUGGUGACCACCCAAAAAUACAAAUCAAGAACUCUACAUUCUGUAUGAGUGCCUAUCCAAACUUGACUAUGGUUAACUUCACCAGUGAAGGAAACAAAACGUUUGUCAGUGGCAGUGAGGAAUACUUCAAGUACUUUGUAUUGAAGAUUUCAGCAGGGAUUGAAUAUCCUGGUGAGAUUAGAUGGCCCUUGGCACUAUCUCUUUUCCUAGCUUGGGUGAUUGUAUACGCCUCCCUUGCUAAAGGAAUCAAGUCAUCAGGAAAAGUGGUGUACUUUACUGCUACAUUCCCCUAUGUAGUUCUCAUCAUCCUUCUUAUAAGAGGAGUAACUCUACCUGGAGCUGGAGCUGGAAUCUGGUACUUCAUCACACCAAAGUGGGAGAAGCUAAUUGAUGCUAUGGUUUGGAAGGAUGCUGCCACUCAGAUUUUCUUCUCCCUCUCUGCAGCAUGGGGAGGUCUAAUUACUCUCUCUUCUUACAACAAAUUCCAUAAUAAUUGCUACAGGGACACAUUGAUAGUUACGUGUACCAACAGUGCCACAAGUAUAUUUGCAGGCUUUGUUAUCUUCUCAGUUAUUGGCUUCAUGGCAAAUGAGCUCAAAGUGAAUAUCGAAGCCGUGGCAGACCAAGGUCCUGGAAUUGCUUUCGUGGUUUACCCAGAAGCCUUAACUAGGCUUCCCCUCUCUCCGUUCUGGGCUAUAAUAUUCUUUUUGAUGCUUCUGACACUUGGAUUGGACACGAUGUUUGCCACUAUCGAGACUAUAGUGACCUCUGUUUCAGAUGAGUUCCCCAAAUACUUACGUACGCACAAGGCACUGUUCACUCUUGGGUGCUGCAUCUCCUUUUUCAUCAUGGGAUUUCCUAUGAUCACUCAGGGGGGAAUGUAUAUGUUACAGCUUGUGGACACUUACGCAGCUUCUUAUUCUCUUGUCAUCAUUGCCAUCUUCGAGCUUGUUGGAGUUUCCUAUAUAUAUGGAUUGCAAAGAUUUUGUGAAGAUAUAGAAAUGAUGAUUGGAUUCCAGCCUAGUAAAUUCUGGAGAGUCUGCUGGGCAUUUGUGACCCCAACUAUUUUAACAUUUAUUCUUUGCUUCAGUUUUUACCAAUGGGAGCCGAUGACUUACGGAGCUUACCACUACCCAGGCUGGUCCAUGGUGCUUGGAUGGCUGAUGCUGGCCUGCUCAGUUAUCUGGAUCCCAGUUAUGUUUGUGAUAAAAAUGCAUCUAGCCCCAGGCAAAUUUAUUGAGCGACUCAAGUUGGUGUGCUCUCCACAGCCUGACUGGGGCCCGUUUUUGGCCAAGCACCGCGGUGAACGUUACAUGAAUAUGAUUGAUCCGCUGGGAACCUCUUCCCUGGGACUUAAACUGCCAGUGAAGGAUAUAGAACUGGGGACCCAAUGCUAA